AUGUAUUAUGGUCGUCCCAUGCGUCCUCAUUAUCCGAUGCCACAACAACUUACUCCUCAAGAAUUUAUAUGGAGACGUUCAUGGCCAUAUCUUAUCACUUUUAUAAUUGCAAUUCUAAUGGCUAUACUUACACUGCUGAUAUUCGCAUUAGAAGUAGCACAAUUAGGUGCAAAUUCAUCUACAUUCUAUACUACAGGCACAACUGGAGCCGGAAUUUGGUGUGCCGUAUUUUUUGGAGCCGCUACCGUUCUCAUAUUUAUAUUUCCAAGUGGAAAGAAACAUGUCAUGGUCACGAGAAUCUAUAUUUUAUUUAUUGUAAUCGUAAUACCAAUGGACUUUGUUCAAAUGACGACAACGGGUGAGAAAUGUUUAAUAUCAACUGGUUCUUGUAGCGUUCCAUUAGGUUUGAGUACGUAUGAGAUAAAAGAUUGGCAAAUAACUGCGAGUAGUAGCGAAGAUGAAGAUAGUGAUUUACAAGUUCAAAAUGCAAGAAUUUACAUUGAGCAUAAGAAAGCUUGGUGUCCGAGAAAGAAUACAAUUAAUAACUGGAUACAAAUUGAUCUAGGAACACCAACCAAAAUUCACGGUUUCAUCACUCAAGGUCGCUCCGGUACAUCUGAGUGGGUAACAUCCUUUCUAAUUUCAUACAGUACCGAUUAUUAUCAUUGGCAACAUGUGACAGAUUCAUACGGAAAUCAAAAUGUGUUUAUGGGAAAUGUUGAUAGUAUCAGCAUUCGGCAUCAAUACAUUCCAUAUCCGCUAGAAACACGCUUCAUUCGAUUUCAUAUUCUCAAAUGGAACAUCAAACCGUGUCUAAGAUUAGAACUCAUAGGCUGUCAAGAAUGUAAUAAACUUCUUGUGUACUAUCCAUACAGUACAUUCUCAGCCUCAUCCACCCUACCCAUCCGACAUAAAGCAACAUGUCAACCAAGAGAUGCUUACCUGCAUACGGAUAAAGGCUGGUGUGCAAGAUUUAAACAAGUUCAAGAUAAUUGGCUACAAAUUGAUAUUAGUCAUCCUGCGCGUAUAACAGGUUUGAUAACAAAAGGUCGGGGUGAUCAUCAGGAUCAAUGGGUAACCAAAUAUUCUAUCGCAUUCUCAAACGACACACGUCUAUGGAUUUAUUAUAAUGAUCCUCAAAGAACUGAGCCAAAGAAGUUCCAUGGUAAUUAUGAUUCAAAUGUCGAACGUAUCCAUUACUUAAAUCAGCCGUUUACUGCUCGAUACGUUAGAUUUUUUCCACAUGAAUGGAAUAAAAGAUUAGCAAUGAGAGCAGGACUCAUCGGUUGUCCACACAAAGGUGCAUGUUGUCUGGGCUACUUUCGCGUUCAUCGUCAAACGUCUUGUGUUGAGAAUUUGGCAUAUGGUAAACGUGUAUGGCUAAAUUAUUUACAUGAACGUAGUUAUGAUCUGGCAAAAUUAGUCGAUGGUUACGAUAUACCACCUCGAUGUUUACAAAUCGAUAAUUCAUUCACAAAUGAGCCUACAAUUACAAUUGAUCUCAAUAAACAACAUCAAGUAGCUGGAGUUAUAAUCAAAGGACUCGAAACAUUUUCUCAUUUAUCUCAAUCGGAUUAUAUGUCCAUAUUUAAUUUGGAUCGUAUAUAUGUUUAUGUGACACGUGAAGUUUAUGUUGACUUACAUGAUUCUUCAUCUAGUCUUUGCUCAUUUGUCACACGUUUAAACUACUCAGUCUACUCACAACGUUUACAUUUUAUUUGUUCAAAACCCGUUCAAGGGCGAUAUUUGCACGUAAAAGCAACUGGUAUUCGCCUUUCAACAAUAACAGCCGCCACUACAGAACUUCCAUUAGCUACCAAUUACUCUUAUCAGCAUUAUUAUCGACACACACAAGCAACAAGACAAAAAAAUUUAUUCAAAGCAAAUUUCUGUGAAGUAUAUGUCUACAAUUAA